UUUUGUAGUGAGUUUGUGUGCCGUUUGAAGCCAAAAAUAAGACGACACAAAUGCAGAUAUUUCGCAGGCUAAUCAAACGUCCACAGCCUCAGAGGGCAUUUUCGUCAUCUUUCCACUAUAAAGGCCGAUGAACUCGUGGCUACCGCGAGGCGAAUCAACGUUCCCCGUCACCCACCAAAUCACAACCGUACGUUACCGAAUUCACUUCGCCGCCACGAGCGUGACGCCACCGCCUCUGGAUUCCGCCGGAGCUGUGGAUGGCUGGGACUUGCUCUCGGGUCACUCCUCACGUAAUCCGGUCUACAGUCGCCGAACUAUCCAGGACCGCCCGCACCGUGGCUCUGCUUCCCGUUCGGAUAUCCGUCCGGAGCCACGGCGUCUCUACUUGCGACGAGAGCGAGAUGCCUCAAGGUCCGUCGUGUAUAUUCGUCGGACCUAUAGAGACAGCUAGUCAAGAGACGCUAGAAGCUCUUUACUGCCAAGCACGAGAUUCGUAUUACAGUGGCUCACCUCUAAUAGUUGAUGAUAUGUUUGAUAGAGUGGAGUUAAAACUACGAUGGUAUGGUUCACAGUAUGUUGUCAAGUACCCUCGCUGCAGUCUAAAGCGCCAGUCAACUUAUGCUGAUGCAGAGGAGGACGCAUCACAGGUUUUUGCACUAGCAAGCAUAUGGCUCCUGAUUCUUGGUCUUGGUGGUUCGGUUUGUCUUGUGCCCAUAAUAUAUACUAUCGGUCAAGCUUAUCAAGAUGCAUUCAGUUCAGGAAUGCGCUACACUAGUCAAGCAUCCUCGCUGCAGUUUCUUACUGUGCUUAAUGGUGUACUUUACAUGGUAUUAGGAUCCAUCAUAGGGUAUCCCAUUGCUUCAGCGUCUGCUGGAGCACUUCAAGGGCUUUGGAAAAAUGACACGGUUGCACUUAAAGGGGCAUGCCCAAACUGCGGUGAGGAGGUGUUUGCUUUUGUGAGAUCAAAUCAGUCCAAUCAGUCUCCCCACAGAACAGAGUGUCAUGUAUGUGAGAGCUUGAUAGAAUUUCGCACCAAGGUUAAGUCCACCUCGAGACCUGGGCAGAGAUGGGUUUAUGGCCGUGUUUACUUGAUUCGGCAGAAGAGAAGUAGAAGGCAAAGAUAGUUGUAACAGCAUUGUCAAUAUCUGCUAAUGGAGCCUUCUGCACAGUAAAAAUGUUUGUGCAAUACUCAUUUUCGUUUCACCUGAGAAGAUGUAACCAAUACCAUGGCAUUGCUAUGUAGCGGAGUACAAAGCAAACAAAGACAAAUGGGUCAGUAUUUCCAAUUGCUUUGAAACAGAAUUCUGUGAUAUAUAGAUAGGGAUUCUUUAUAGCCCUUUUUUUCUUUAGUUCUUUGUAAUUUUGCCUUCAUUUAUAAGGUUUGGGGUGAAGAAGCCUUUGUCUGAAA